UGCAUGUGUGACUAUUUGUGGACGGACACAGCUCACACGGGACAACUGUUUCUGAAGCUGAUAGAAUAAUGGAAAGAAAAAUAAUACACGGACCAGAGAAAACCUUUUCUUUAAAACCCCACCUGCUUUUCCUUUCUGGAUGUGUUCCCCAGAUAUGGCGUCUGCUGUCGGCGUGCUGACCGAGGAGCAGCUCCUUUGCCCCAUCUGUCUCGAUGUGUUCAACCAACCGGUCACCACUCCUUGUGGGCACAACUUCUGCAGGGACUGCAUACAAGGAUACUGGCAGAGUGCUAAUCUGUCACAGUGCCCCAUGUGCAAGCAGAAGUUCUCCCGGAAACCUGAGCUCAAAGUUAACACCUUCAUAUCCGAGGUGGCUUCGCAGUUCAAGAACUCGCUGGAGAGGAAAGACCACGUCGACGCCAGAACCGCGGACCCGUGUUCCACCAGCAAAGGAGAAGUCUCAUGCGACGUGUGCGUCGGAAAAGGAGUCAAGGCUCUUAAAUCCUGCCUGGACUGUUCGGCCUCCUUCUGCGAGACUCACCUGGAGCCCCAUCACGUUCUAGGCACCUUCAAGAAGCACCACCUGAUCAACCCCAUCAUGCACAUGCAAGACAGAGUGUGUAAGAAGCACGGCAAACUCAUCGAGCUGUUCUGUCACACCGACCAGACGUACGUGUGCCAGAUCUGUAUCAAGAGAGACCACAGCGCCCAUCGCACCGUGCCGAUGGAGGACGAGAGCGGCGACAGGAGAGCUCAGAUCGGAAGGAUCAACGCGCAAGUGGAAGAAAUGAUUCACGGCCGACUUGAGAAAAUCAUCGACGUCAAUCAAACCGUUCAGCUCAGCAGAGGGAACACCGAGCGGGAGAUCGAAGAGAGCAUGCAAGUCUUCAACAACCUGCUCCACUUGGUCCAGAGAGGUCAGGCCGAGGUGGUGGAGACGAUCGGUGCGAAGCAGAGGCGAGUCGAAGGCAGGGCCCGAGGACUCGUCGUGGAGCUGGAGCAGGAGAUCAGCGAGCUGAGGCGGAGGAACACGGAGCUGGAGCAGCUGUCGCGCACCAAAUACGACUUCUUUCUCGUCCACAGCUUUCCAGCUUUCUCGACGUUACCAGCCACCAAGGACUGGUCUGCUAUCCGCGUAGAGAGCGCCGUGUACGUGGGCACGGUCAGGAGGGCGGUCCGGAGAGUCGCGUGUCAGCUGGAGGAGACGGUGAAGGCCGAGGUGAAGAGGCUGUGCGAGACCGAAUUUCAGAGGGCUCAGCAAUGUCCUGUUGGCGUGACUCUGGACCCGGAUACAGCUCAUCCCAAACUGGUGCUGUCCGAAAACAAGAAGCACGUGUUUCACUGCGAUGUCGCGCUCAGCCUCCCGGACAACCCCGAGAGGUUUUACCCCGGUGUCAGCGUUUUGGGGAAGGAGGGUUUCUCCGCGGGCAGGUUGUACUACGAAGUCCAGGUGAAGGGAAAGACGGAGUGGGACGUUGGAGUUGGGCUUCAGUCCGUCAACAGGAAAGGAGGGAACAUACUCAACCCGGAGACGGGCUACUGGGCCCUGGGGAUGAGGAAGGACAAGAGCUACUGGGCCCUCAGCAGCACUCCGACCCGCGUGCCGUUGGUCGGGAGGCCUCAGAGAGUCGGCGUCUACGUGGACGUGGAGUGGGGGCAGGUUUCUUUCUACGACGCGGAGUCUGCUUCUCACAUCUACUCGUUUACCGGAUACUCAUUCAAUGAAAGACUUUUCCCCUACUUCAACCCUCGGCGUAAUCACGGCGGAGUCAACUCGGCUCCUCUGGUCAUCGUGCCUGUCAACGUCUGACAUCCGGCGCUUCAUCUCUUCAUUUUGAUUGAAUGCGUAACUGUUUUUUUUUUAGUUGGUGCUUUUCUUAUUUUUAGCAUUUCUCAUUUCUCAAAUGAAAGUUAGCAAAGGUGUGGUCGUCCGGCGUGUUCAGCGCUGCUCUGUUUGCCUGAAAUAAAGUAUGUUAAUUCA